CUAUUGCUUCUGCGGAUAUGGACCUAAACCAACUAGAAGCUUUCCUCACUGCACAGACUAAAAAGCAAGGAGGUAUCACAUCAGGCCAAGCAGCUGUCAUUGCAAAGUUCUGGAAGAACCACAGAGCCAAAAUCCGGGAAAGUCUUAUUAAUCAGAGUCGAUGGGAAAACGCACUGAGAAACAUGAGCUGGCGAGUUGAUUUGAAAACACAGUCAAAAAAUGUGGAUCAGAUUAAUACACCAGUUGCUAUUGUGGAGCUUGAGCUGGGAAAGAAUGGACAGGAAUCUGAUUUUUUGUGCUUGGAAUUUGAUGAGGCCAAGGUAAACCAUGUGGUGAAGAAGCUUGCAGAAAUUGAAGAGAGCAUAACUUCUUUGACUCAGAGCACUUAACACAAAUACGCAAAUGGGUAGAGUCAGGCCACACAAGUAAAAGAAUGAUCAGUCAGCAGUCUUUGACAUACCCAUUGAGGCAGAAUAUAGCAUCCAGUUAUCAGAGUACCCAUGAUGGGCGUUGUUUUCCUUUCUGGCAUUUUUUGUAAAUGGACACACACAUUUUUUUACUUCAGGAUUUAAGCUAUUACUUAUUCUAAUUUGCUUCCCCCCUUUUUUGGAAAUUGUUGUUAAUCACUCAGCUUUGUUUUUCUGAAGUAUCCAACUCAUUUACAGUAAAUGAUCUGUAAUGACUCUUUAUAUGACAAUAUUAUUUUUGUAUACAGAACUUUACCCUCAUACUGCGGCUUAACUUAGAUUUCUGAUGUUGAAGCAUUUGCCUGAACAAAUUACAAUAACCGGAUAAAUGGAUCCAAAUUUAGUAUGCUUCAUGUGCUGUAAGACAAUAUUUAGAACACUACUUUUUCCUCUUUUAAGGAGUGCAAGGGGUAAUGCUUGCGAUUAUAAGACUGAAGAAAAGACAAAGUGCCAAAGCAAAAGUAACCGUGCAGUGGUUUUACAUUAUGUAGAACUAAUACAGUAUUGUGUGUAACUGAA